CUGCCUUGGGCGAUUUAUCUUACCGAGUCUUGGGUCUGUUUGUGAUAGAUAGGCGGCUUGCAAUGGUCCAAAGAAGUGUAGUGUACUACCGGUUGUAAGAUCAUAAGCAGAGCAAUUGAGGACUUUCGCACUUGAAUAUAUAUCUUCACCACGUUAGACAGCAUUUCUUCAGGAUGGACGUCUCAACAGCAACGAGUACACUGUCGUACCCGUCGAUACCUUCCGAAACCGAAGACUCGACCCCCGCUCACCUUGACCGGUCUACAUUUCCACGCACCGUCACCCUACCCGAUGAGAAAAUCCAUAUCGAAUUGACAUACGACCCCCUCAGUGCUGAUACAGCAUUAUCCUACACCAGUUCCCCCGCAGCAGGCGCAAAUGUGUUUUUCCUAGGGACCACGCGAAAUACAUUCGACGGGCGUGCCGUCGCUCAGCUCAGCUAUACAUCCUACCCACCACUGGCAUUAAGGACCCUGACAGACAUUGCGCGACAGAGCAAAGAGAAACACGGGCUCAUCGCCGUGAGCAUCUCCCAUAGGCUGGGAACUGUGGCCGUUGGGGAGGCGUCGAUUUUAAUUGCGGUCAGCUCGGGGCAUAGACGUGCGGCUUGGAGAGCCGCCGAGGAGAUCCUGGAUGAGUGCAAGGCCAAGGCCGAGAUCUGGAAACGGGAGGAGUUCGUUGGUAGCAAACCGGAGGACGGAGAGUGGAGGGCAAAUAAGGAUUGGGAUGGGGAGGGAAAUCUAGUCUCACGUCGAUAA